UUUACAACUUGAAGCUUCAAUCUAAAGAUCGCCUUUCCAACAUAAUACAUCAAUCAACGUCGAUAUCACUGCGCGUACCUACCUUUCCAGCCGCCUCUUAUUUUUCUACCACUUUCACCAUCUACCUAUUUAGACUGCGACUCCGCGCAGUUUUAUUAACCUAUCCUAAUUGUCUACGUAGUAGCGCAACAGAUCAAUAUGGACCGGUUGAACAGAAUGCUUGCCGGUGCCAGCGGCAUGGGACUCGGCGCCGCUCCAGGAACGGAUAACCAAAACCUAAUCGACAACUCCGAAACCGUUUACAUCUCUUCUCUUGCGCUACUCAAGAUGCUGCGGCACGGUCGAGCGGGUGUUCCUAUGGAAGUGAUGGGUCUGAUGCUGGGAGAGUUCGUCGAUGACUUCACCGUACGAGUCGUGGACGUUUUCGCUAUGCCUCAGAGCGGUACCGGUGUCAGUGUCGAAGCUGUCGACCCGGUAUUUCAGCAGAAGAUGAUGGACAUGUUGACGCAAACGGGACGACCUGAGUCGGUCGUUGGAUGGUACCACUCUCACCCCGGAUUCGGAUGCUGGUUGUCGUCCGUCGAUAUCAAUACCCAACAGAGUUUCGAACAACUUACGCCGAGAGCCGUUGCCGUCGUCGUGGACCCCAUACAGUCGGUUAAGGGCAAGGUUGUCAUCGAUGCGUUCCGACUCAUCAACCCGCAGUCCUUGAUGCUUGGACAAGAGCCAAGACAGAGCACUUCGAAUUUGGGCCACCUCAAUAAGCCUUCCAUCCAAGCGCUUAUCCAUGGCCUAAACCGACAUUAUUAUUCUAUCGGCAUCAACUACCGAAAGACCGCUCUAGAGGAGAACAUGCUCAUGAACUUACACAAGCACGUCUGGACCGAGGCUUUGCAGAUGGAGGACUUCAGACAUGAGGGCGAUCACAACAAGGAACGUUUCCAGAGAUUGGUGACGUUGGCUGACGGCUACGAGAAGCGGGUUAAGGAGGAGACAGAAUUGACCAAGGAACAGCUGAAGACGCGUUACGUCGGCAAGCUCGAUCCCAAGAAGCACCUGGAGGAUGUCGGCCAACAACUCAUCGAGGACAACAUUGUAUCUGUUUCGAGACAGAUGAUCGACAAGGAGGCGACGAUGCCUAAAAAGGAAGCAGCUGCUAAUGGCCAGGCGAAUGGCGAUCGCAUGGACGAGGACGAGGAGCUGUAGGUCCGCAUAUCCGAGGCCGAUUUAAUUGAUUCCGAGGAUUCAGUCAUCAGCAGUGUAUCAUAGGCGUUGGAAGGGCUAGCGGACCCGGUUUAGAAAGCUCCGGCAAUGAAAGGAUUGCUUUACGGCUCGAUUCCGCGAAUAUGCUUGUGAGGUACAUCGUGCAGCAGGGAUCUUCUGCACGUCAAUACCAUCAUUGAUUCAUAUUAUCCUUAUCUUUCUGCAUAACAUAAUGAUUCAAUGUGUGUUUUGUCUCUGCUGACCUGGUUGUCUAGGACCGUCAUACCCAACAUCAAUGCUUUAUCAUAUAAAGGACAUUGUUGCUAACAAUGACAAUGUACUGACUAUAAAGAUACUAGUUCUUCCACGGGACCGUUCCAUUACAAGCCCAUUGAAUCAUGAUAAACAAUAAAUAUUGUGUUACUGAACAAAGGCUGUUAUAUCUACUUAUAUAUUUCCCUG